AUGCUACCGACCCUUCGACCUGUCUCGAAAAUCAGACUCUCCGGUACUAGCACCGCCACUAUGCCUCCAACCACCCUCGCCCCGUUGACCUUCGACAAACCCAGCGACCUCCGUAUCGUCCUCGUCCCGACCCCCGAAGACGCCGCCACGAAUAUAACCAUCUCAGAUAAUCUACGAUCCGAGCUUGACGACGAUGAGAGUCUACUAUCCGAAAUGCACCCACCUGCCGACCAGAAUAUACCGGUCCACCCAGUCCCGUCUAUGCAGGAGGCCUUUGCCGAGUCUCUGCAUGAAGUGACGAAUGGUCAAGAUGGUCCUGGAAAGCCCAAGUUGAGGGAGCUCGACGCAAAGGGCCGCAGAGAGAAACUUAUCGAGCAAGCCGCCCAAGACGAACCUUUCGAUACGACCUGGCGGUACCGACCUGGCCAAGAGCAACAUGAGGUGUACAAGUUGAUUUCCCAGAUCACGUUUGGUGUUUACCUUUUACUCAACGGACUGGCGGCAGACGACUCCCAGGUAGUCAGCAUUCUCCAGGGCCAUAUCAAUGAGGUGGAUGAGUUCCUGGAAGUGAUGCUGGAGGACUUUGCCCAAGCUCACCAAGAUCUCACCGAGCGCAUCGCCCACCUUCAGCUGCCCAUGGGCAAUAGAAAUGCCUUUGAAGGGAUGCUUGAGGAUCGCAACUUUCGCGCCCAGAUUCUUGCUGGAAAUGAAAAGAUUGACCACAUCCUGGCUCGAACAAAUGCUGCCAUGAAGCAGUGGGACGACGACAUCGACGCUGGCCUCCGGUCCAGUGAGGCAUUCAUGGAUUGGCUCAACGAGCACAAGGAUGCCGAAUGGGCUGAGGCCUCCCCGGACCUGGGCAAAAUUUCCCGAGCUAUGAAGGGCAAUGCCGACGGUUGGCUUAACGCCUUUGAUGACCUCAACAACCAAGCACAGGACUUGAACGGCUUGAUCAUCAAGCUGAUGACCAUUGUGGCUGAAAUGGAGAAGACGGCUGGUGAGGUGAGCCGAAAGACUUGGGCAACAAUCCCUCCAUUCACUCUUCCCAUACACGCCUCACAAACUGAUGAUCCUGAAUCUCCGUCAUCACCAACGAGCUCACGCGCCCGGUCUGCUACCCCGGUUGGGAGCGUUGGAAGCAGAGAUUCCGCAUCCACUCUCCAUGCCCCGAAGAGAAUCGCAGACCCCGAAGUUGAUACUCUCAGCGACUUCCCUCUUCCUGGAUCUACCCCUCUACUCCCCCCUCGCAUGAGCUUCCAACUCGCGGCUCCGCAACCAACCGUCAUGACCACCUUGUCCCCGACUGUUUAUGACGGCCCCACCUUGUCUCCAACUGUUUACGACGGCCAGCCCACACUGUCUCCGACUGUAUAUGACGGCAAGCCCAAGUUGACCCCGAGCGAACCUAAAAGGGACGUGCCGAAACACGAGGAACCUGAAACUGAGGCAUCACCAUUCGAUGACGCACUAUUUAUUCUUCAGCCACGGACAUACACGCCGAGACUCCCUGAGCCGCUUCCCUCACCCAUGGUAAAGAACAGCCCACCGCAGUUACAGAUUCAGACACAGACCCAGCAACAAAUGAGACCCCAGUCUAGGGAUCCUCAUAUGAUGCCUCCGCCUAGGGAUUCUCAAAUGAGACCCCAGUCUCGAGAUCCGCAAAUGAGGCCGCAGUCGAGAGAUCCCCAUAUGAUGCCUCAGUCUAGGGAUUCUCAAAUGAGGCCACAGUCUCGAUCUCAAACGAAGCCGCCACCAAGACCGUCAUCCAGAUCUCAAAGUCAGGCACAGUCACCGCAGAUGACACAGGGGCAAGGAUUUCUACAAAAGAAGACGUCUCUGCGCCAGCGUGUGUCCCAGAAGACGACACCCCCCGAGUCCAUCCACAUCCCCCCAAGGAACGCCGCAGAGGCAAUGUCGGUCCGUCCAUCAACGAGUACCAGCAUGCAGCAACCACGCAUGUCUCAGGUUCCCGAUUCUACGUACGCCUCCGAUUUAGAAGUCUGUCAACCGCACCGCCUCCCUCGUGCAAGUUCCCACGCGGAUUUCAGCGCUCCUUCACGACCCCAGCUCAUGCCGACACCCCACUCCGAGCACCAGCAAUUCUACCACCCCGUUCGCGCAUCGCCCCAUUCUCCUCUUCAGCAAAGACCUCACACUGCCGACCCCAGGGAUGGAUACUUCCCUGGCCAUGUGCGCCAGCAGCCGUCUCGCGUGGGCGGCAUGAGCACUCUAAGCAGCGUAACUUCAGCAACAUAUGAUGAUACGGCCACUCUGGCUUCUCGGGCAACUACUCAAGCUGGAGGGAAACGCCUCAAGAAAAAGAAGAGCGCUCUUGGCUGGCUGAAGAAGGCGUUUAGUAUGGACGAAGACGAGCGAGCAGAGUACCAAGCACGGAAGGCCAUGCAAUACAACAACCAGUUUGCCAACCAGCAGUACUUUGAGACAAGCCCUAAAUUCCUGGAUGGAAAGCGGCUCAGAUGA